CCUCUCUUUCUCCCUCUCUUUAGCAGCUCUCAGCUCUCUGCGGCGCCAUGGAAGGACUUCAGAUGGAAGACGAAAUCCCGACCGUCUAUCCCUUGCUGCACGAAUCCCAAGACAUCUGCGCCCAUUUCCUCUCCCUCUACAAGGCCUCCCCACGCGAAGACCACCAGCACCUAUGCGCCGUCGUCGGCGCCAUCUCCCAAGAGCUCCAGGAUCACUCCCUCCCCCUCACUCCGACCUCCUACUUUGCGGCGACGAUCUCAUCCCUCGACCGUAUCUCCGAUCAAUCCUCCUCGUCCGAUCCCAUCAUUACGGCCCUCCUCACGCUCCUGUCCUCAAUUCUCCCGUUGAUCUCGACCGCCGUCUUGAGGGUCAGAGGGGAUUCGGUCCUCGACGCCGUGCGGAGGUUUUUAGGGUUUGGGCCGGAGGCGGUGCCGGCUGGGACUGCGAAGGCGGGGCUAAAAUGCGUCUCGCACCUGAUGAUCUCUGGGGAGAAGGGCGGGUGGGAGAGCGUGGGCUCCGCAUAUAGGUUGCUUCUCGAGUUCGUUACGGAUCCUCGUCCGAAGGUUAGGAAACAUUCCCAUUCGUGCCUUCACGAUGUCCUACAAAGCUUUCAAGGAUCAGCAGUCUUGACACCGGCGAGUGAAGGAAUUACAAAAGUUUUUGAAAGGUUUCUUCUCCUUGCGGGCGGGUCUGAUCCUACUGGCGCGAAUGCUGGGGAAGGACCAAAAGGAGCUAUGGAGGUGUUAUACAUUCUCGGGGCUCUGAAAGAUUGUCUUCCUCUUAUGUCACCGAAAUUUACAACUAACAUUCUGAAGCACUUCAAAUCGCUCUUGGAACUGCACCAACCGAUUGUCACGAGGCAUAUAGUGAAUAUUUUGCAUGCGCUGUGCUCCAGUCAGUCUUCGGAGUUUGCUCCUGAAGUGUUGCUGGAUCUCUUGUGCGUGUUAGCAUCGUCUCUUUCAGUCAGGGAGAAAUCAGCGGAUGGGAUGACAUUUACGGCACGCUUGCUGCUUGUUGGCAUUGGAAAGGUUUAUGCUCUGAACAGACAAAUAUGCGUAGUGAAGCUUCCCCUUGUUUUCAACACACUUGGAGAAAUAUUAGCUUGUGAGCAUGAAGAGGCCAUAUUUGCGGCCGCAGAGGCACUGAAAGGUUUGAUACACACUUGCAUUGAUGAAAGCCUGAUUAAACAAGGUGUGGAUCAGAUAAAACUCAAUCCAGACGGAGACACAAGGAGGUCUGCACCAACCAUCAUGGAAAAAAUAUGUGCUACUGUUGAGGGUUUCCUUGGCUACCAGUAUAGUGCAGUCUGGGACAUGGCAUUUCCCAUUCUUUCGGCAAUGUUUGAUAAAUUAGGCGAAUCUUCUUCAUGUCUGAUGAGAGGAACCAUUAAGACUUUGGAAGAUAUGGAGAAGCUUCCAGAUGAAGACUUUACUUGCAGAAAACAGCUGCAUGAAUGUGUCGGGUCAGCCCUUGGUGCAAUGGGACCUGAGAUCUUUUUAAGCAUUCUACCAAUCAAGUUGGAUGCUGAAGACAUGUCUGAAGCUAAUGUUUGGCUGUUUCCUAUUUUGAAACAAUAUACUGUUGGUGCUCGUUUAAGUUUCUUUACACAGUCUAUUUUGGGUUUGGUUGGACGCAUGCGGCAGAAAUCACAAAUGCUUGAGAAAGAAGGCCGGAUUUUCUCAUCAAGGAGCACUGAAGCACUUGUAUAUUCUCUAUGGUCCUUGUUACCUGCAUUUUGCAACUACCCUGUUGACACUGCUAAUAGCUUUGGUGGUCUUACAAAGGCAUUAUGCCAUGCACUUCGUGAAGAGCCUGAUGUACGUGGAAUAAUAUGUUCCAGUUUGCAGACUCUUAUUCAACAGAACAAGAGAGUGUCUGCAGGAAACACUGAUCCGGCUGAUAGAGAUAUUAGUAUUCCUGAGCAGAGAGCUAGGGAUCAUUAUACGCCACAGGUAGCAGCUGAUAAUCUGAAGACAAUCAGAGCAUCGUCUCCCGAGUUCCUCUCAGUUCUAUCUGGAGUCUUCUUAAAAUCUUCAAAAGACAGUGGUGGAUGUUUGCAGUCCACAAUUGGGGAGUUUGCUUCCAUAUCAGAAAAGAAGGUUGUCAAGAGUUUCUUCAAAACUACCAUGAAGAAACUUUUGAAGGCAACUCAAGAGGCUGUUCAAGUGGAGAAGCUUAGCAAAUCCAAUUCUAUGCAGGUUGAUGCUUCAGCUGAUGAGAGUUCACCAUCACUUGCAAGGGCCCUGCUAUUGGACUUGGCGGUGUCACUUCUGCCAGGAUUGGAUGCAGAAGAGGUUGAAUUACUAUUCGUUGCAAUAAAGCCUGCAUUAAAGGAUGAAGAGGGUUUGGUCCAGAAAAAGGCGUAUAAGAUUCUUUCAAUUAUCCUUAGGGAAUGUGAAGAGUUCCUUUCAUGUAAGCUGGAUGACUUGCUUGAGCUGAUGAUAGAAGUGCUUCCUUCAUGUCACUUUUCAGCCAAGCAUCACAGGCUUGACAGCCUGUACUUCUUAAUUGUCCAUGUUUCCAAGGGUGCAUCAGAGCAAAGGAAACGGGACAUCAUAUGUUCUUUUCUCACCGAAAUAAUUCUAGCCUUGAAAGAGGCUAAUAAAAAAACAAGAAAUAGGGCUUAUGACCUGCUCAUCAAAAUUGGCCAUGCAUGUGGAGAUGAGGAGCAUGGUGGCAAGAAGGAAAAUUUACAACAGUUCUUUAACAUGGUAGCUGGAGGCCUGGCUGGCGAGACACCCCACAUGAUCAGUGCUGCAGUCAAAGGACUAGCUCGCUUAGCUUAUGAAUUCUCUGAUCUCAUAUCUGCAGCUUACAACGUGCUUCCAUCGGCCUUUCUCCUCCUGCAGAGAAAGAAUAGAGAAAUAGUCAAAGCUAAUUUAGGUUUGCUGAAAGUGUUGGUGGCCAAAUCCCAAACCGAGGGGUUACAGACACACUUGAAGAGUAUGGUUGAAGGGUUGCUGAAGUGGCAAGAUGAUACCAAGAACCAUUUCAAAGCCAAGGUCAAGUUACUUCUUGAAAUGCUCGUGAAGAAAUGCGGUCUAGAUGCUGUUAAGGCAGUAAUGCCUGAGGAACAUAUGAAACUGCUAACCAAUAUAAGGAAGACAAAGGAGCGGAAUGAACGAAGAAUUGCAGCAAAGUCAGAGGCAGAGACAAGAUCUCUUCAUUCAAGAGCCAGUACCUCCAGGCAAAGCAGAUGGAAUCAUACCAACAUAUUUUCUGAUUUUGGAGCUGAGGAUACGGAUGACAGUGACGCAGAGCAUAUGGACGUGACCACGGCCUCUGGUAAAGGGAGCAAGUUUGCCUCCAAGCUCAACUCGAAAGCCGCAUCCUCAAGGUCCAUGCGAAUGCGCCGGACAGCUAAGAGCUUGCCAGAAGACUUGUUUGAUCAGAUGGAAGAUGACCCACUCGAUUUGCUGGACCGACAGAAGACAAGGUCGGCCCUCCGAUCCUCGGAUCACCUCAAAAGGAAGCCAGAAUCUGAUGAUGAGUUAGAGAUCGACUCUGAUGGGCGCUUGGUCAUUCGUGAGGAUGGAAAAUCUAAGAAGCGAGAGAAGCCCCCAUCCUCAGACCUUGAUCCUGACUCGAGGAGCAAAGCAGGAAGUCAUCUGUCAAGGAACUCUUCUUCAACAAAGGUGCAGAAGCGGCGGAGAACAUCAGAUUCCGGGUGGGCAUACAUGGGGAGCGAGUACACGAACAAGAAGGCAGGUGGGGAUGUGAAAAAGAAGGACAAGCUUGAGCCGUAUGCUUAUUGGCCACUCGAUCGGAAGAUGCUGAGCCGUAGAGGGGAACAAAAGGCAGUUGCUCGGAAGGGCAUGGCGAGCGUCAUGAAACUCACCAAGAAAUUCGAAGGGAAGAGCGCCGCCAAUGCUCUUUCCAUGAAGGGGUUGAAGAUGAGGGGGAAGCAAAAGAAGGGUAACAAGAAAAUAAAGUGAUGGGAUGCUAUCUCAAACAUUGGGUUGCAGUUUUGAGAAGUCGGGCAGGUCGAUGUGGUUGAGAUUAGCUUCUUUUUCUUCUCUUUUUUGACCUAGUUGCGAUGUUUGAAAUUGGCUGUCCGAUCAUUUUUUGUAAGGUUGGUAUUUAUUUU